AUGCCUCUUCACAGAAUCAAGCUCCAGGGCGACAACAUAAUGCUCAACUUUGCGGAUGACUCCAACAUUCGUCUUGGUGCCGCCAUGGGCGACUUUGCCUAUCGCUUCAUAGUCCCCCCUUCUGACGAACCCCGCGAGAUGAGCAUUGUUGUUCGACAAAAGGCUCAUGUGCGCGAUUACCUGGCGGAGGAGCUGCUCACGAGUUCGGAGCAUGUUGGGGAGCUCUCAAAGUCUAUCCUCACAAUCCAAGACCCAAUCCACGUAAUGGCUGAGCCUGUCAGCGCCCAUGUUGCUUAUGAGGCAAACCCCGAUGACCUCAUCUCCAUCAAGCCACGCUUUCGCUUUAGACCUCGACGCAGCCAAGCAGAUGAUGACGGGUAUCGCCCUCCCAUUCUUUGUCCGCUUGACAUCCUGGAUCCCCGCGACCCUAUCAGGCUAACGCCUCCUAGACUCGAGUCCUGGGAGGAGCUCUAUGCUAGGAUAGUGCGCGAACACGACGAAUCGGGCCCUGGACCCAUCGAUGACCUCUUACCUCCUCUCCUCGAGCGCAAUGAACGUGCCCAUGCCGCCCGCGUGAAGGUCGAGGAUAUCAAUACUCAAAUUGACGGCAUGAAGAUCGAGUCAGGUGACUAUGACGAUAUGCCCCCGCUCAUAGACGAUUCGGGCGCUCUGGUCACCGGCAUGAAGAUUGACAUGGUCAACAACAACAAUAUGCCCCCUCUCAUGGACGCUCCACCCACUCCAGCUGGCGAUGUUCACAUCAACGCGAAUGUCUACCGUACUCUCGCAUACAACGGCCUGCAGAACACUUCCCUUAUGGACGUCAACCGUAAGCGCGCGCAUGAGGCUGAAAACAAUGCUGGAGAAAAUGAUGCAGGUACAAGUGCUUCUGCGAGGAAGCGGCGUCGUUCCUCGCACGCGCCGGUAUCUACUCGUGUUCUUCGCUCGAGCAUCCGCGCCAACACCGCUUUAACAACAAGGUUCACUGUACGAUAA